GCGUGCCCACACCUCCCGCCUGCCAUCCGAUCCGAUCCUACCCUGGUCUGUUCGCUGACUCAGUGCCUUAAGCAGCAUCACCGUUCACCUGAAUAGAGCUACAGCAUCCUCUGCGGAGAAAUACAACAGCCAUGGCCAAAACAGCAACCGCAUACAAAGAGAAGAUGAAGGAGCUGUCUGUGCUCUCAAUCAUCUGCUCCUGUUUCUAUCCAGAAUCACGCAACAAGCUUGCGCAUGAGUUUGAAGACAUGGAAGUUAGACCAAUAAACAAGCGGGCUUCUGGUCAGGCCUUUGAGGUGAUUCUUAAGCCUCUGUCACCAGUAUCAGAUGUAGCUCAGAACCUCCCCUCACCACCUAAGAGGGAUAUCUCCUUGGAGGACAUUGAGAAAAAACUGGAAGCUGCUGAAGAACGGAGGAAGUCCCAGGAGGCCCAGGUUCUGAAGGUGCUGGCUGAAAAACGGGAGCAUGAGAGGGAUGUGUUGCUAAAGGCCAUGGAAGAAAACAGCAACUUCAGCAGGAUGGCUGAGGAGAAGCUCCAGAGUAAGCUGGAGCAGAUCAAGGAGAAUCGUGAAGCCCAUCUGGCAGCCAUGAUUGAGCGUCUACAAGAGAAGGAGAGGCAUGCAGCUGUGGUGCGCAGGAACAAAGAGAUGAGGGAAGAGGUGGAAGCAUGAGCCUCACACCAGUCCUGACUUCCAUAGUCCAUCAACACCCCACCACCCCCAUCCAAACCCCCUUCCUUGCCUUGCCCUCACCCUCCCCAGAACAGACAUCCAGCUCUGGGGGUCAAGAGGUGGAGGACAUCACCACCACACCACACUACACCACCAGUACUCACCAUUAUCAGUAUUAUCAGCGGAUACAAACAAACAUCAGUAACACUUAUCUUGAGAUUUGAAUGAAUUUAAAGAUUAAGGAGAAGAUGAAAGAAUAUGGGUAUUAUUUUGUAUAUACUUCUUUUUUUCUCUAUCUAUCUAUCUAUCUAUCUAUCUAUCUAUCUAUCUCUCUCUCUCUCUCUCUCUCUCUCUCUCUCUCUCUCUCUCUCUCUCUCUCUCUCUCUCUCUCUCUCUCUGGUGAGGUGCAUUGCAAAUUUGUAAUGUACUGCACUGUACAUUUUCUAACUUUUUGUGAAUGAUUAUUUCAGUUCUUGAAAUUUGACUUUACAACCAUUUUCUUGUGAAAGCCUUCAGUGUUGUGAGUUGGCCGUAGACUGACAUUUGCAGUGUUUCCUGAUGUCAUGAUGAUGAUGAUGAUGAUGUUUCUGUGUAUUUGUGAAGAAUGACGGUCGGUGUACUUAGGUUAAAGACUCCUCAAGAUAUCAACAACCUUUCCCAUCUGUAUCUUCCUCACACACACUUGCUCAUUCUCAACACGCACGCUCUGAAGUUAACAAUAUGCCAAACCCACAAAUUGAAAAAGUGUCCACUUCCUCGGAAAUGAGCUUGAUUAUGAACUUGAUAGGUGCUUUAUUGUUAUUAAGAAUGUCUUUGCCCAAAGGGAGCAACUGUUUAUACACUUGCUGAAUCCCACCUCCCCUUUCUCAUUGACUCCAUCUUUAGCUGAUUCGGUUGCUUUGUUAUGUACACAGUAUUUGAAUGUUAUGACACCAUACUGGUACCAUGCAUAGUGUCUCGGACAGUGGAAUGUGCUGUUGCUCCUACCUUAAUAUUGAUAGUGUGAACAUAAUGUAUGUCUGUGUGGGUGUGUGUGAAUGUGGAUUAAUCAUGAGGCAUCAUUAGCGUCUACUCUCUUUAGGGGAUUAGAAAGAGAAUGGAAGCAGGAUGCUUAACAUUCAGCACACUGAACUAGUCUCUUUUUAAUAUACAGUACCACUGAUAUCUGCAUCCUCUGCUGCUUGUGUUUAUCCCUUCAUAUAUUUCUCUGUGAAAGCUUUGCUGAAUAAAGGUUUGGGGUUCUGUGAACAUGGCAUGCACCAUCUAAUACUUUUCUGUGCUUAAAGACAAGGGAAAAUGUAAACUGCCAAAUAAAAUACCAGUUAUCUACACAUCUUGAGAA